AUGGCGCCCACGUUGGCCACGGCGCACCGGCGGCGCUGGUGGAUGGCCUGCACGGCGGUGGCGGAGAACCUCUUCUUCUCGGCCGUGCUUCUGGGCUGGGGCUCCCUCCUCAUCAUGCUCAAGUCCGAGGGCUUCUACUCCUACCUCUGCCUCCUCCCAGCGAAUGCCACGCCCAGUGCCGUGGAUGGGGCCAACUCCACGCCGGGCAACCAGACGGAGAGGGCGGCCACGACGGAGGAGGAGGCGGGGCUGCCGGUGACGCGGAUGAACGGCUGGCUGAUCUGCAAGGAGCAGGACGAGAUGCUGAACCUGGCCUUCACGGUGGGCUCCUUCCUGCUCAGCGCCAUCACCCUCCCGCUGGGCAUCGUGAUGGACAAGUACGGCCCACGCAAGCUCCGCCUCCUCGGAAGUGCCUGCUUUGCUGCUUCCUGCGUGAUGAUUGCCUAUGGCGCCAGCAACCCGGACUCCCUCUCGGUGCUGAUCUUCCUCUCGCUGGCCCUGAACGGCUUUGGAGGCAUGUGCAUGACCUUCACCUCCCUCACGCUGCCCAACAUGUUUGGGGACCUGCGCUCCACCUUCAUUGCCCUCAUGAUCGGCUCCUACGCUUCCUCCGCCGUCACCUUCCCCGCCAUCAAGGUGAUCUAUGACUUUGGGGUCUCCUUCAUCCUCAUCCUGACGGUCUGGGCCUGCUGCGCGGGGCUGGUCUUCUUCAACUGCUUCUUCAACUGGCCCCUGGAGCCCUUCCCGGGCCCCGAAGACAUGGACUACACGGUGAAGAUCAAGUUCAGCUGGCUGGGCUUUGACCACAAGAUCACCGGGAAGCAGUUCUACCGGCAGGUGACCACGGUGGGCCGGCGGCUGAGCCUGGGGGGCUCCCUCAAGGGCAGCGGCGGGCACAAGGAGGUGCCCCCCCUGCAAGGCGGCGGCAGCCACCCACUCUGCCUCUCCACCCUCCACCUGGAGCUCAAGGCCCAGAACCAUGACGGCGGCACCAACGGCUCCCCGUCCUUCCUGCGCAGCCUCUUCAGCCCCAUCCUGCUCCUGAGCCUGGUUACCAUGUGCGUGACCCAGCUGCGCCUCAUCUUCUACAUGGGGGCCAUGAACAACAUCCUCGAGCACCUCGUGGACGGAGACCUCGAGACCGUCAGCCUCUACUCCUCCAUCUUUGGGGUCCUGCAGCUGCUCUGCCUCCUGACGGCUCCGGUCAUCGGCUACAUCAUGGACUGGCGGCUGAAGGACUGUGCGGCCGAAGGGGCCGAAGAGGAGGAAGAGGAGGAGGAGGAAGAGGAAGAGGAGAAGAAGGACCCACAGGCCGGGCAGAAGCCCAAGAAGGCGAAGCCCCGCCGUGACCGGCAGAUCCAGAAGGUGACCAACGCCACCCGGGCCUUUGCAUUCACCAACCUCCUGCUGGUGGGCUUCGGGGUCACCUGCCUCGUCCCCAACCUGCCUUUGCAGAUCCUGUCCUUCAUCCUGCACACGGUCGUGAGGGGCUUCAUCCAUUCCGCCGUGGGGGGGCUCUACGCCGCCGUCUACCCCUCCACGCAGUUUGGGAGCCUGACGGGGCUGCAGUCGCUGGUCAGCGCCCUCUUUGCCCUCCUGCAGCAGCCCCUCUUCGUGGCCAUGAUGGGGCCCCUCCACGGAGACCCCCUCUGGGUGAACGUGGGCCUGCUGGGCCUGAGCCUGCUGGGCUUCUGCCUCCCGCUGUACCUGAUCUGCUUCCGUCGGCGCCUGGAGAGGGAGAAGCGGCAGAAGGCCGAGGAGGACAAGCUCUUCUGCAAGGUCAACGGGACCCCCGACCAGGAGGCCUUCGUCUAGGGCAGCCCCCCCAAGCCGGCCCGGCGUGAUGGAGAUGGGUGCCGCCCCCCUGCUCUCUCUCUGACUCUCUCUUGGUGGUGGACCCCCAUUUCUGCACCUCCCACUCCUUCCUCUUCCUCCACUUUGGCCUGGAUCUGCGCCGGACGCAGACCGCUUCCCUCGGAUGGAUGCCCCCCCCCCCCCCCUUCUGCUGCACUGUGACAGGAAGUGAAUGUACGGACUCUCUCUCUCUCUCUCUCUCUCUUUUUCUGGGGUGCACAAGGAAGGACGGGGGGGGGGGGKGACUGACUGACAGGUGGACUGCAUGGCACGCUGCUUGCUGCACACUUUGCACAUCCAUCCACACACUCCACGGCUCCUCCAAUCGGCGGCCCAGCAGCGCCUCCUGGCGGCGGCUCAAGGCAGGAAGCGGUGCCCACCUGCCAAUCACAGUCGCCGCAGCAACCCUGGCACCGCCUCUCCUAGGCAAACAAAACAACAACAACAACGUCACCGUCCGCGCUCUUAUGUGUUUCUCUUUUAUACAAAAGGCAAAAGGAUUCAGCCAGA